UAUUAGGGUUUUCUUUUGGAAAGAAUCAGAAACAGAAUCAGAAUCAAUUUAUAACUGUGAAUCCUUCAGUCAUAUAUACAGGGGAAGGGGAAAGCUUAGAAGUUGUAAGUUUAGAUAGCAGGAAGGGUUGGAUCGAGCGGAAGUGUGAGGAAAGUUCGAUUGUGGAGAACUUCCUUCCAUUAACCAUCAAUUGCUCUAGCAGGUGUAAACUACCAAACCGCCAUCGUGUAUCUGUGACUAUUUUUAUUUGCAAUUUACCAUGACUUCUCUUUCCGUCUGUCCAACUAUAUCCGGUGGUACCAAUAGAAAGAAGUUGAAGAACACCUCUAUUUGUUAUGGUGUCAUCCUUCCAGAGGAUAUCAUGAUGUUCAUCGUAACCAAGUUAGACAUGGAACACUUGCAUUGCUUUAGUGCAGUCUGCAAGUCCUGGCGAUCAAUUGCCAUUGCAUCCAAGAAAAUAAGGCGGCUCCACCUGCGACCUCAAAUCCCAUGGCUGAUGCUUUCUUCCUUGGAGGAUAAUAAUCUUUGGUUUUUCAGUCUCUCCCGUAGCAAACUUUUCAGGUUAGAAUUUCCUGAAGUCUAUGGUGCUCGUUGUUACGGAUCUAACUGGGGAUGGUUAAUAAUGGUGAAUAAGAUGGGACGGAAUUUCCUUUUGCAUCCAUUUACUAGAGUUCUAAAUGAACUUCCACCACAAGGUACUUUCCCCAUUCAGCAUCCUUCAUACGCAUCUAUUACACCGAGCUUCAACCACAUUUUCAAGGCUAUCUUGUUGUCACCUCCUCCUGCUGCUACUACUAACAAUUCUGAUUUGGAUGAUAAAAAUAUUGUAUCCUCUGUGGCAAUGGAUUGUGGUGUAGUCGUUGCGAUUUACUCUAUCAAUGAUUUAGCCUUCUGUAGGCCAGGGGAUGAGGUGUGGACCGCCUUGGGAAAAGGGUUUGAAGACAUUAUUUUUUACGAUGGAAAAUUGUAUGGCUUUACUAAACGGCGUGAUCUUAAAAUCGUGGAGUUGGGUCCUCAUCCGAAAGUUACAAGCUGUAACAUUACUCCUCCAGAAGAAGAUGAUAUUAGCAUUUCCAUCAACCUGGGUGCCUCUCCUCCGGCGGAAGAGGAUCUUGGCCGCCUUCCCACUAAUCUGGUUAAGUCCUUUUAUUUGGUGGAAUGUCUCGGAGAAUUGUUGAUGGUAAUAAAAUAUUGUCUACUUGUUAAUAUGACGUCAAAUGUUAUGCUCAAGAUAUUCAAGUUGGAUCAAAAGAGUCGGAAUUGGAUUAAAGUGGUGGACUUGGGUGAUCAAAUGCUAUUUAUUGGCGCAGGUAGUGCCUUGUCUGUAUCAGCAACUGACUACCCUGGAUUUAGAGGAAAUUGCAUAUAUUUCACAGAUCAUAACCACUACAGUUCUUUUGAAACUCAAGUCUGUGGAACACUAGCUAAAUUGUUUCACUUAGAAGAUAACAGCAUUGAACCUAUUUUCUCAGAUCAUUCAAGUCCUGCUCCGUCUCCGCCCAUCUGGUUCACCCCAAUUUCUUGAUAAAGAGGGAGAGGGAUUUGGGUCGGGUUUGGGGUAUCUAAUUUAUGACUUCAAGCUUAUCUUAUAAUUAACAUUACGGGGAUAAUGUGAUUUUCUUAUUGCUAUUUGUACUGUUUAUGCGUAUGUUAUUUGGAAUGACUUUUGGAAUAUUUUAGGGUAAAACUCAUCUUCACGGGAUAAGUUUACCAAAACGGGCCAUCCUCAUGUCGAAUGAUGUGCCAAUUCUGACCUUUGGAGAGACUUCUCAACUCUGGAAUGUGUAAAAGGCAAAAUUGUCAUUUUCUUUUGCAAUUGAGAUAAUGGUAAAUAUUUGUUUUAAAACAGAGUGGGUGUAAGAGAUUCGGAAUCUGGAUGUAUUGAUCGUACAUUGUGGAUCAAUAAUUAAUGGUACUCUGCUUAUUAUUUAAUUUCUUUUGCUAGGACAGUCCCUAGGUUA